AUGUCAGCAGAAGCUCCAAAAAGACAAUUUGGUGGUAGAAGAAGAGGAGGACCAAGAAGAGGAAGAAGAGAUGGUGAAGAAAAAGGAUGGACUCCAGUUACUAAAUUAGGUAGAUUAGUUAAAGCUGGUAAAAUCACCACUAUUGAAGAAAUUUAUUUACAUUCCUUACCAGUUAAAGAAUUUCAAAUCAUUGAUUUAUUAUUACCAGAAUUAAAAGAUGAAGUUAUGAAAAUUAGAUCAGUUCAAAAACAAACUAGAGCUGGUCAAAGAACUAGAAUGAAAGCUGUUGUUGUUAUUGGUGAUUCAAACGGUCAUGUUGGUUUAGGUAUUAAAACUGCUAAAGAAGUUGCCUCAGCCAUUAAAGCCGCUAUUGUUAUUGCUAAAUUAUCAAUUAUUCCAAUCAGAAGAGGUUAUUGGGGUUCUAAUUUAGGUCAACCACACUCAUUACCAUGUAAAGUUACUGGUAAAUGUGGUUCAGUUACUGUUAGAUUAAUCCCAGCUCCAAGAGGUAAAGGUAUUGUUGCUUCACCAGCUGUUAAAAAAUUAAUGCAAUUAGCAGGUGUUGAAGAUGUUUAUACUUCAUCAGCUGGUUCUACUAGAACUACUGAAAAUACCUUAAAAGCUGCUUUCGUUGCUAUUGGUAACACUUAUGGUUUCUUAACUCCAAACUUAUGGAAAGAAACUCCUUUAGUUGCUUCACCAUUAGAAAUUUACGCUGAAGAAGCUGCUUCUGGUAAAAAAAGAUACUAA